CUCUCUCUCUUUUUUCCUUGGGGUCGUGAAGAUCACAAUGCUAUGCAUCACAGUGCUACUUCUACUGGUGACGAGCCAAAGGGUUGGAGAAUCUCUCUGGAGUUAUCAAGUACAAGCUACUGCUUAAGAAAUUCUUCUCGUGAUCGAAGAGGUUUCAUCUCAAAAAAUCGAAUAAAGAUGGCUUGGUAGCUUGGUCUUGGGGUUUUAGGGUUUAGGAGGAUGGUGGAGCUCACCGAGUCGCAAGUAGCCGCGGUCACGGCGCCCAUUUCAUGCCCGCUUAUGAUUCUUGCGGCCGCGGGAUCAGGGAAGACGCUUGUCUUGUGCUAUCGCAUUCUUCAUUUGAUCCGGAAUGGUGUUCCGGCCAAGGAGAUCCUUGCGGUCACGUUUACUCGUCGAGCUGGGCAAGAUCUUCUCUCGAGGCUGAGGAAGCUUGGAUCAAACAGCGGCAUUUCCAUCGAGGGUGUUCGUGUUGGGACCUUCCAUUCGUUUUGCUUGUCGAUUCUCAGGGCUGUUCCCUCGCAAGCAAAGUUGGCUCCCGACUUCACCAUUUUCACGCCAAAGAUGCAGCUGGAGCUGCUGCAGGAGCUUGUCUACGAGUGGCAUCUCAUGAGGAGCAAUGGCCAGAAAUGCGAGGGAUCUUUGAAGAAGCAGAUCUUUAGGACCGAAGCUUAUCGAAUGAUGAAACAGAUUGGACAGAUGCAAAGAAAACAUGACACCGCUGCCUUGAACAGCGCCAAGGAAGGUGGUGGCAUGCUUGACUGGGUUCUCGAGAGAUACCAUUCACACCUCCAAAACAUCAAUGCUAUCGAUUUCAACUCUUUUACAAGGCGUACCAACGAUGUGCUCGAAAGUUUUCCAGGAAUUCUGGACUCUUUGGACAUGAAAUUCCAGCAUAUCUUGGUCGACGAGUUUCAGGAUACGGACACCGGACAAUUCAAGCUCUUGCAAGCGCUUGCUACGAGGCAUCACCACGUUACAGUAGUCGGGGAUGACGACCAGCAGAUUUAUUCCUGGAGAGGAGCCGCUGGAAUCCAAAACUUCGAAAGCUUCUCGUCGACAUUCGGUGGCGCCACUGUGGUAAAACUGGAACGGAACUUUCGCAGCACAGGUGCCAUUGUCGCGGCAGCACGAUCGGUGAUAUCGAGAAAUGAAAGCCGGAUGAGGAAGUCCAUUGGAACCACGGCUCCGACGGGGAAGCUCGUCGCGAUGUGCGAGUGUAGAAACGUGCUGUGCGAGGUUGCCGCCAUCUCGAACUUUAUAUCGAGCUCGAGAGCAGAAGGGGUGAAGCUGAGCGAGAUUGCAGUUCUGUAUCGAGUCCAUCGGGUCGGUGUGGAGCUACAGCAUCACUUGCAGGCGAUCGGUGUUCCGUGCAAGAUGAAAGUCACAGGAGGAAGUGACGACAGUACAGUCUCAGCAAAAGGAUUCAGCUCCACCGGUGAAGCUCUGGCAGAUAUACUCGGGGUCUUGAGGCUGAUACUGAACGAGUCCGAUGACUACGCUUGCAAGCGUCUGAUGCUCCUCUUUUGUCCAGACGGUCGUUCGGAAGUUCUCUCGUGCGUGAUGCAGCUCCAACAAGCAGGCUCUUCAUCGCUGUUGCAGUCGCUCAAAACUCUACGAUCGCAUGUUCUGGGGAUGAGCAAAGACAGUCUCUCAGCUCCGUGGAUCCAGCCGGUUGUCGAAAAAUUGGGAGUUUUGGUGAAAGAGGUGAUAAAAGGAGCUCAGGUGCUGAUGAAGAUCAUGGCUGACACGAAAGAAGAACUCCAGAGGCUUGGCAUGAAAGAUGUGGUGAUGAACCUUCUCCAGCAGAUUGGACCUUAUCGAGAGGAGGCUCGAACGGCGAGUUUGCAGAUUUCUUCCACGGCCAACUUGUCCGGAGGCUCCGACUUCGCUGGUAUCAAAGCUUUGCUCAAGGAAGCAGCGGCCUUUGAUGGUGACAAUGCUUUUGUCAUGGCCAAAGCAUCAGCUCAAACUGCGAGCAAAAGCAAGAACGCGAGUUACAAGGACAUGAGAAGGCUGCAAAAGAGAGAUCCUGGACAAGGCACUGUGCGGAGUUCCCAGUCGGACUUUAAAGAUCACGCACAGCGAUUACGAGUGUUUUUGGAUCAAGUUGCGCUCAAACUGCACGAGUAUGAGCUUGGCGAAGACAACAAGACGUUGAGUUCUCCGUCGGACUGUGUAACGCUUUCUACGAUUCACCAGGCAAAAGGUUUGGAAUGGCCAGCAAUAGUUUUAGCUCGUGCCAACGAGGGAGUGUUGCCAGUCUUCGACACAGAUAUGGUUUCUGAUGACCAAGACAUUCUUGAAGAAGAGAGAAGGCUUUUGUAUGUUACGCUUACUCGAGCGAAGACCUCCAUCUUGAUCACGUAUCUUAUGAAAGACAGCGGGCAGCAAGCUCUUCCAUCGCGCUUCCUGGCAGAAAUUCCACGAGGACUUGUCAAAAGGAUUGUUAGCUACGAUCACCAAGUGACCAACAUCACAGCCACCACGAACACAAUUGGAAGGAAGCGCGAGGAACGUGGAUAGGCAGUGGACGCGAACGCAAGUGUUAGAAGAAGCAUGCUAAAAGCUGACCAUCUCGCAGAGCAGGUCAGCUUUGUGGCCAGGAAGGUUUUAGCAUGAAUCAUUUUGCAAAUUGGGAGGCAUGAUGAGUACAGUAGGUUCAGACUGAUUGCAGCUGUAUAUUUAUUUAAAAAUUAUAACGUGUUUAUAUUUAUCUUAA